AUGUUGAAACUCAACGUGUUUACUGCCUUGGCAGUCUUUUUCACUUUGACCGCAGGAGUUCCCAUUCCACCAACCCAUCAGGAUGCCACAUUUCAAUUGAUGGGAAGAUCGCCUGCGAUGGCUACAACAGCAACCGACGCAGCAAUCGAAAAGAGGUUUCUGGGAGCGAUAAUUGGCGCGGGAAGGAUUGGGCUUGGACUUGGAAAGAAAGUCCUCCCAAAGGUGCUUGAGAAAGGAGGAAAACUGUUUGGCAAAAAGCCACCCAAAGCUCUGGAAGGUCCGAAGCCACCACCCAUCGCGAAGCCCGGAUCUAUUCCACCUGGUCCCCCUCCACCAUAUUCACCACCUCUAGGUGCUGUUGCCCCGAAGGCCCCGAUCCCACCUCCGCCUCCACCUCCACCUCUACCUGCUGCUGCUGCUGUUGCCCCAAAGGCCCCGAUCCCACCUCCACCUCCACCUCUACCUGCCGCUGCUGUUCCAAAGGCUCCAGCUCCCGCCGUUCCAGGCACGCCUCCGGCUGGAGCCGCAAAGGCCGCCGAUGGAUUACCAGCUCCAGCUCCUCCACCUGGAGUAAAUGGAUUACCAGCACCCGCCCCUCCACCUGGAGCCGUUGGCGCAGCUGGAGUUGGAACCGCUGGAGUCGCUGCACCUGGAGCCGCUGGUGCAGCUGGAGCUGGAGCAGAAGGUGCCGCAGGAGCCGCCGCAAAAACCGCAGAUGGAUCACCAGCUCCCGUAACUCCACCUGGAGCUCUAGCAAAAGAAGGCGACGAUAUUGCAAAAGAAGGCGACGAACUAGCAGAAGGAGCCGAAGACGCUGCGAAGAAAGGAUGGAGGCCAACCGUUUCAGAUGGAAUCACUGUCGGAGUGACCGGCUUAAUGAUGGCACCUAUGCUUAUUCCAGCGGGCGGAUCGAAAGAAGCCGCCCCAGCAGCUGGAGCCGCGGGAGCUGCUGCAGGAGCAGCAGUAGGACCUCCUCCUCCAGGAUUUGCACCACCUCCACCUCCACCUAUGUAUGCGCCACCUCCUCCAGCUGCAUUUCCCCCACCUGCUGCCCUUGCCGCCGGAAUUCCAGCAAAGCAUCCUAUGUAA